AUGAACAUGAACAAUAUUCAGCAAGUGAUCGAUAGUUGCAGUGAUGAGAAUUGGAAAGAUAUUUUGAACGAUCCCAGAUCGAAAUCAUCACUGGACAAGAGUAUCCGAAGUAUCGAGAUUACUUUGGACAUGUCCGGAUCGUAUUUUCGAGGUGUAAAUGGUGAGCAGAUAUCGUUAGAAUACUUCAACGAAGGGUUCAAGUGUAGAUUCAACCCAUCUUCCGAGGGGAGCGCAUAUGGAGACGGUAUGGCAAGGUUUACUUUGAGAAUCAAUUUUCCAGGGAAGCUGGGUACGAAGGGGUCGGAGAAGAGUGAUUUCCAAUAA